UAAAAGGACAUGCAAAGAAAAAUUUCACAGAUGAAGGAGACCACAUAUUUAAGAUGGGCAUGAAGAUUCUCCAGCAGUCUAAAAAUCAAAAACAAAAAGCGGAAGCCUACAUACUCUUUGCCAAAGCAACUGACUUGAGAAAUUUGAAAGCUAUGGAGAAAAUGGCUGAUGCUUUUCUAUUUGGGAAUUUUGGCAUGCAGAACAUAACAGCAGCUAUCCAAUUAUAUGAGUCCUUGGCUAAAGAAGGAUCGUAUAAAGCCCAAAACGCAUUAGGAUUUUUGUCUUCUUACGGAAUAGGAAUGGAAUAUGAUCAAGCCAAGGCACUGAUAUAUUACACCUUUGGAAGUGCUGGAGGAAGCAUGAUGGCCCAGAUGAUUUUGGGAUACAGAUAUUUGUCAGGAAUCAAUGUUCUACAGAAUUGUGAAGUUGCCUUAAAUCAUUACAAGAAAGUGGCAGAUUAUAUUGCCGACAAACUGGAAAAAAGUGAAGCUUUUCCAGUGGAAAAAGUGAGACUAACUGAAAGACCUGAAAAUAUGAAUUCUAACAGUGAGAUUUUGGAUUGGGACAUAUACCAAUACUAUAAAUUUUUGGCAGAAAAAGGAGAUGUUCAGAUACAAGUAUCUCUUGGACAAUUACAUCUAACUGGGAGGAAAGGUCUAGAUCGGGAUUACUAUAAAGCAUUAUACUACUUUUUAAAGGCAGCAAAGGCCGGGAGUGCAAAUGCCAUGGCAUUUAUAGGAAAGAUGUAUUUAGAAGGGAAUGCUGCAACACCGCAAAAUAAUGCUACUGCCUUCAAAUAUUUUUCCAUGGCAACCAGUAAGGGUAAUGCGAUUGGUCUCCAUGGGCUUGGUCUUCUUUACUUUUAUGGGAAAGGAGUUCCUGUGAAUUAUGCUGAAGCACUUAAAUACUUUCAGAAAGCUGCACAGAAAGGAUGGCCCAAUGCACAGUUUCAGUUAGGCUUCAUGUACUACUAUGGCUCUGGAGUAUGGAAGGAUUAUAAACUUGCCUUCAACUAUUUUUACUUGGCAUCUCAGAGUGGGCAGCCCCUUGCCAUUUAUUAUCUGGCCAAGAUGUAUGCCACAGGAACAGGAGUGUUAAGAUCAUGCAGAACUGCUGUGGAGCUUUAUAAAGGUGUCUGUGAACUAGGCCACUGGGCCGAGAAAUUCCUGACUGCAUACUUUGCGUAUAAAGAUGGUGAUAUAGAUUCUUCUCUUGUUCAGUAUGCACUACUGGCAGAAAUGGGGUACGAAGUAGCUCAAAGCAAUUCAGCAUUCAUUUUGGAAUCUAAAAAGUCCAAAAUUCUUGAAAAAGAGAGGAUGUAUCCAAUGGCACUUCUCCUAUGGAAUCGAGCUGCCAUUCAAGGCAAUGCAUUUGCUAGAGUAAAACUUGGAGAUUACCAUUACUAUGGCUACGGGACUAGGAAGGACUAUCAAACAGCAGCCGCUCAUUACAGCAUCGCAGCUUCCAAGUAUCAGAGUGCACAAGCCAUGUUCAACCUGGCGUACAUGUACGAGCAUGGGUUAGGGAUCACAAAGGACAUCCAUUUGGCCAGGAGAUUGUACCAUAUGGCUGCUCAAACAAGUCCAGAUGCUCACGUACCUGUGUUCUUUGCCCUCAUGAAACUGGAAACUGUGCAUUUACUCCAAGAUAUCCUGUUUUUUAAUUUCACAAUGAAAUGGAAAUGGAUAAAAUUGGACAACAGCCUUGGACUACACUGGGAUUUAUUUAUGAUUGGCCUAAUUGUUGCUGUGCUGACCUUCUUGCUCAGAAAUCGCUAUGGGUAGUGUCUGGAUCAUGGGAAAACCUGCUCCUGGGAAACAGCUCACUUCAGGUUGUCCUCACUAAAUAAAGAAUUUCCUCAUCAAAUGUAAGAGUCUGCUGCAGAUUUCUCACACGGCUAUAAUGGAAAACGGACAAAGCUGGGGACCUGUCCUCUGAGAAACCAUUUCAGACCUCUUGCUUAGUUGAGGUGACCAUUUGGGGGCUGCUGGAGGUGGGUCACCCAAGAUUUCCUUACAAACUUGUCAGGUGAUCUAGUCCUGAGUUAGGAGUAAACAGCACCCAUUUUCACAUUGUCUAAACCUCUCCCAUUUUGAGAGGACAAAAUGGGUUCUUGCCUCCUACAGACAUACUGUGGUGGAGGAAGGGGGAGUUUGGGGAUGGAAAGGACAAAGAUCCCUCAGAAUCUGAUAAACACAAAAAUUACAUAUAGACCUUCAUCUUGUGGGAAUUACAAAUAGACCGCAUCUUGCCUGUGAAUGGCACUGUAGCCUGUAGCUCUGAUGAGUUUCUGUGGUGUUCUGUGCUGGGGAC